AUGGAAACUCCAUGUAGAUGGAUCCUCCUCGAAACAAGGCUCCGGAGUGGGCAUAAGAAUAGCCUCACCCACCGGUCCUUCAGACUCGGCUUUGCCGCUCCGAACAAUGAAGCUGAAUAUGAAGCCUUGAUCGCCGGGCUCAGGCUCGCGAUAGGGAUAGAAGCUCGAAAGCUCCACGCUUAUAGCGAUUCGCAACUCGUGACAAGCCAAUAUCAUGGAGAGUACGAAACAAAACCCGAAAGGAUGAAAGCCUACCUAAAAGUAGUACGCGAGCUGACGGAACAGUUCGAUCAUUUCGAACUAACCAGAAUUCUCUGA